UUCAACGAAACUUUCGGUAUCUGGUGUCGGCUAUAUGGUUUUCGGUCCAUCACUACCGUUUAAGCAACCAAAAAUAUUUGAACAGAUCGCUUCCCUGACAGGUUGGUUCUCUUGGGCUAAAUUACGUCCAAUCGGGAAACGGAGGGAGGAAGAGAGAAAGGGAGAAGGGAUAAGAGUGGGACUGUCUCUCUCGAGAAGAGAAAGACCUCGAAGAAAGUGAUCGAGGGCGAAAGGCGAUAUCAAAGGGCACAUUGGCUCUCAUUUGUCCGUUGGUAGACUGAGAUCAUAGUGGAGAUGGAAACUGAAAGUAUACGCAGGGGAGGAUCUGGGUUGCAGAGUGAAAUCAAGAAGAUAACUUACCACUAGAGCUUCUUGAGAGGGAGGAAAGAAGUGCUGUCGUCUUCGUCUUGUACAAAAAUCUCAUCUAAUCAGCAUCACACAUCUUGAGCUUAUGGUGGGAUCAAUUCCGGAGACAAGGCAGAUAUGAGUGCUACGAGCCCAAAUAUGGGUCUUUGGCCAGAUCCUGAGGAAGCCAACUUCCUCCUCUCGUUGUCUCCUAAUGAGCUUCUCGCCUUGGACCAGUUCUAUAACGCUCGGAAUGGACAUGAUCCGUUUGGUGUCCAUGUGGCUGAAGUUCAAUCGGGGGCGGUGCCAAGCCCCGAAGUACUUCAAGUCGACAAAUCUCAUCUCCACGCCAUACAUAAGUUCUUGCUGGACAUGAAUUACACUGACGAAGUGGAUCUAAGUUCUCCAGUUCUGAGAAAAGUCUUUCGACCCGGAUACACCCUCUCCACUGUUCUCAUUCUCUACUUCGUUCUCUCUCUCUUUGGUGUGCUCGGAAACUUGGUGAUGGUUUCCAGUAUUCUCAAAAAGAAACGCUACAAGUGUAACACACUGGCGUGCAUAUUGAACAUCUCGCUUGGAUUUUGGUUUCAAUUAAUCGUUGUGAUACCUCUCUCGGUGUUUGUGCUACUGGUUCAUAAUUGGGUACUGGGAAAAUUUGUUUGCUAUCUUCUCCCGAUGGUGCAGGAUAUCCCUCAUUACUCUUUGAUGCUCACCAUCUUGUUACUCAGUGUGGAUCGGUACAAGUCUAUUUGUGGAGACGAACAAUCUCGAAUUCCAAUUGUUUGGGCCUUAGUAACGGCGUGGGGCGUGGCUAUCGUGCUUGUGUUGCCCUAUUCAGCGUACAUCACGUACAUCGACCUUUCAGUUCUUGGGGAGAGCCUUCUCGGUGGACAAAUGUGCUUCGUCAGUCUUACUGGAUCUGCCUCACAAUACAUCAAAGCCCUUUUUAUUCUAAUAUAUCUAAUUCCGAGUGGCGUAAGUUUAAUGCUUUUGAUUCUGACCUGGAACGAAUUACGGCAUCAGGAAAGAAGUCUCCAGACCUUGGGGAUCCAAGAAGAGCGUCGUGGGAGCCGAGAACCACAAGCUCAUCGAGCACCUCGAUCAAGUCUGGUCCCUUUAAACGAAGACGAAGGAGGAGGAGCAAGCGCUUUGGACCACCGCUGCUCCAAGAGAAGGUCUUCAAGGGCAAUGCCAAGUUCCAGGGGCAGCGUUGGGACUUCUGAGGUCCUUCUCUCGUCAUCAUCCAUUCAACCUGGGUCUUCGAAUACUAUCAUUUUGACAGAGGCUGCCCUUGGAUUAGAUAUUCGGAAGGAAUCUAGGGCUCAGAAAUAUCUGCUUCUCAUUGCAUUGGUGUAUGUGAUCUGUUUGUUCCCCUUGAAUGUUUUAAGAAUCGUCCGUCAAAUUGUGGACGAAAAGUACGAAAAUGACGGCCAUUUCGAUUACAGUUACAUCAUAAUUGUUUGGGUGGCCUUUUUGCCCACAAUCCUUGUCCCUUGGAUCUUCACACACUGGAUUCUAAUUGGAGCUCUGACAACCAACCAUUUUGGCCGAUUAAUACGACAAACCUCACACAGACAAAGGUCAGCCCAAGAAGUGGCUCAUCAACGUCGAAAUGAAGAGGCUGCCAGAUUUCCGGAACAAAUCUCGUGGCCACAUGGUCCAGUCAAUGGGAAAAGCCCCACUCGACGAUGUUCUGGCUUGACCCAAUGUGCUAAGGGCAAUGAGAGACAGGGUGCCAGCAAUAUCCCCGGACCAAGUGAGAGGGAAAUGUCCACAACUGGUCGAGGAGGUCACCGAGCCGAGCAUUAUCGAUAUAAUGGCGCUCAUUCCUCGGUGGAGCCAUCAACGUCACAAAUGACCUUUGAGGCCAUUACUCUUAACGCCCCACCCCAGCAUCCGCAACAGCAUCAUCCUCAGCAGCAUGCUCAGCAGCACCUAACAAACACCUCUCAUCAUCGACAGAGCUAUCAUGACCAAAUGAUCCGAAAAACCUUGCCAGACAAAAGGGCUUCUUUGUGUGGAGGAGGAGGCACGCUUGGGCAGGCCAUGGCUCCAAGUGGAAAUGGGCGAUGCCACGAAUCGAUGGAACAAGAUGAUCUCAGACUAGAAAGUAUUCAGUGUUUUAAUCAACAUCAAGGACGACGUAAAUCUAUUCCAUCACGAGAAGAAGUCCAAAGCGUCAAUCGCCUUCGAACAGGGUUGUGCGCUUCCAACGACCAACUGAACGACUCUCGCCGACAAAGUUAUUGCCCUGGAUAUCAUAUCCGUAGCUCCAAUACCAAGAAUGGGAGGGAGCAGCAUAGAAGCCACGCCCACAAUCGGGAUGACCUUCGUCGCCAUUCUUGUCUACCUCAUACUGAAACUGAUAGGCAUCGAAACUUGACAUCAACCAAGUCACAGCCCUCGACAAAAAUCACAGAAAAGCAGCUUAGGGUCUCUCUAUACUGAGCGGGAUUUGCUUAGUAUGGCGCUUUCUCAGGUCUCAGCGACCAUCUACUGGACCAUACCCGAGCGAGCCUUUAGGCAUGGAUGAAUAUUCUAAAGGAAAAUUUAUUCACUCUUCCGGUACUCAUCAUCAGUCACUUUCAGCUCGGUCUUGUUUACAUAGGAGGUUUGAUUAGUGUGCCCAACCUCAAUCUCUGUCAACCUUCGUUCCACCAGAAUUAUGCCUCGUACCAAGUUUCCUUUGUAACGAUAAAAGAGUUAAAAAGCACUCAGUUAAAUGAGAGGUGAUUAUACUCUUCUCAAAUCUUGCUUUCUUCUUUUUGUCAGUGUUGUGUCUGCUUCUCAAUGAAAAUGCUAACUGUACUUACUUACUGCUUCAAUUUGGCUGGCGUAAAUAAAGAUAUAUUUCAAUGUC